AUGGAGACCCAAAAAGAUGAAGCUACUCAGGUUAAGGGAGCCGCAGCCUCUGGGGAUACCCGUGACCAAGGGGCAGAAAAAGGAACCAAGAACAAGGCACCUGAGGUGACAGAAGGACCAACACCAGAGCCGUUUUCAUCUGGCCCAGGUAGGCUGAAGAAAACGGCCAUGAAACUCUUUGGUGGCAAGAAGGGUAUCUGUACUCUGCCUAGUUUCUUUGGAGGGGGACGAAGUAAAGGUUCUGGGAAAGUCAGCUCCAAGAAAGGUCUCAGCAAGAGCAGGACCCAUGAUGGCCUGAGUGAAGCAGCCUGUGGCCCUGAAGAUGUUGUCAGUGAAGGAGCCGGCUUCUCCCUACAUUUGCCUGAGUCACCCUGCCGAUUUCCCAGCUCCCAGAGUGCCCACGGGGCUUUGGAGACAGGCUCCAGAUGUAAGACGUCUGUGGCUGGAGCCACAGAGAAAGCUGGGGCUGAGAAGGUUCCCUCUGUGCCCAAGCCAAAGAAAGGCCUAAGAGGCUUUUUUAGCAGUAUCCGCCGUCACCGGAAAAGCAAGGUUGUUGGGGCUGAGCAAAGUGAUCCAGGGACCAAGGGGCCUGAAGAGGCCAGAGCCAGGCCUCAUGAGCAUGUGAGCUCAGCUCCUCAGGUGCCCCACUCUGAGGAGACCUUCCAAUGCCCUAGAAAGGAAAAUGCCAAACCCCAAGAUGCCCCUGGGCCAAAAGUUUCUCCAGCACCAGAGCCUUCUCCAUCAGCUACUGAGAAGAUAGCCUGUAAAGAUCCAGAAAAUCCCACAGAGGCCUGUGCCUCAGCACUCCUGCAGCCCAAGCCCGCCCCUGAAGCCAGUAGUCCAGAGGAGCCCCAUAGCCCAGAAAUAGGGGAGAAGGUAGUGGCAGGAGAGGUAAAUCGCCCCAGUGGCCCAGUAGGGGACCAGCUGAGCCUCCUGUUUGGGGAUGUCACAUCCCUGAAAAGCUUUGACUCACUGACAGGUUGUGGUGACAUUAUAGCAGAACAGGACAUGGACAGUAUGACAGAUAGCAUGGCCUCUGGGGGCCAGAGGGCCAACCGAGAUGGAACCAAACGAAGUUCCUGUCUGGUGACCUACCAAGGAGGUGGGGAGGAGAUGGCCUUGCCAGAUGAUGAGGAGGAGGAGGAAGAAGAGGAGGAAGAGGAGGUUGAAUUAGAGGAGGAAGAAGAGGAGGUUAAGGAGGAGCAGGAAGAAGAUGAUGACUUAGAAUAUAUGUGGGCAAGUGCCCAAAUGUACCCAAGGCCCAAUCGAAAUCUGGGCUACCAUCCCACUACAUCCCCAGGCCACCACGGCUGUAUGCUCCUUGACCCAGUUCGGUCUUAUCCUGGCCUAGCCCCUGGGGAACUUUUGACUCCUCAAAGUGAACAGCAAGAGUCUGCCCCCAAUAGUGAUGAAGGUUAUUAUGACUCCACCACACCUGGAUUUGAGGAUGAUUCAGGUGAGGCCCUGGGACUUGUCCACAGGGAUUGCCUACCCCGAGACAGCUACAGUGGAGAUGCCCUAUAUGAGUUCUAUGAGCCAGAUGACAGUCUUGAGAACUCCCCACCUGGUGAUGACUGCCUUUAUGACCUCCAUGGCCGCAGCUCUGAGAUAUUUGAUCCCUUCUUGAACUUUGAGCCCUUUUCUUCCUUCCGGCCACCUGGGGCAAUGGAGACAGAGGAAGAACGGCUAGUAACCAUCCAGAAACAGUUGCUAUAUUGGGAGCUCCGGAGGGAGCAGCUUGAGGCUUGGGAGGCAUGUGCCCAAGAGGCUCAUGCCAGGGAGGCCCACACCAGGGAGGCCUAUACCCGAGAGGCUUACACCAGGGAGGCCUAUGCCAGAGAGGCCCAAACCCAAGAAGCCCAUGCCCGAGAGUCUUGUGCUCAAGAGGCUCAAGUCCGAGAGGCCCAGACCUGGCAGGAGAAGCCCAUUUUGGAGUAUCAGAUGAGGCCCUUGGGUCCAUCAGUGAUGGGCCUGGUGACAGGGGCAUCAGGGGCCUCUCAGACUUUUCACCGAGGAACCACCUCAGCUUUCCCCACCACUGCGAGCAGCGAACCGGACUGGAGAGACUUCCGUCCUCUGGAAAAGCGUUUUGAGGGAACCUGCUCCAAGAAAGAUCAAAGUACCUGCCUGAUGCAGCUCUUCCAGAGUGAUGCUAUGUUUGAGCCAGACAUGCAAGAAGCAAAUUUUGGAGGAUCUCCCAGGAGGGCCUACCCUACUUACUCACCUCCUGAGGAGCCAGAGGAAGAGGAGGUUGAGAAGGAAGGAAAUGCCACCGUGAGUUUCUCACAGGCCUUGGUGGAAUUCACCAGCAAUGGGAACCUCUUCUCCAGCAUGUCCUGUAGCUCUGACUCUGACUCGUCCUUCACUCAAAACCUCCCUGAGCUGCCCCCCAUGGUGACUUUUGACAUCGCUGAUGUGGAACGGGAUGGGGAAGGCAAGUGUGAAGAGAAUCCUGAGUUCCACAAUGAUGAAGACCUUGCAGCCUCCUUGGAAGCCUUUGGGCUAGGCUGCUACCACAAACAUACUUUCAACAACCACCCCAACCGAUUCUACCAAGGCCUGCCCUGGGGUGUGAGCAGCCUCCCUCGAUACUUGGGACUCCCUGGAAUGCACCCUCGACCUCCACCUGCUGCCAUGGCCCUCAAUAGGAGGAGCCGCUCCCUUGACACUGCAGAGACUCUGGAGCUGGAGCUCUCCAAUUCCCACUUGGUGCAGGGCUACCUGGAGUCUGAUGAGCUUCAGGCCCAGCAGGAAGAUUCAGAUGAAGAAGAUGAAGAGGAGGAAGGAGAAUGGGGUCGAGACAGUCCCUUGUCCCUCUAUACUGAACCCCCAGGGGCCUAUGAUUGGCCCGCCUGGGCCCCCUGUCCUCUUCCAGUGGGGCCAGGUCCUGCCUGGAUAAGCCCUGGCCAGUUGGAUGGGCCUUCCAGUCAGUCUCCAUAUGGGCAGGCAACCUGUUGUGUACCUUCUGUGGCCACGUCAAUGUCGCUGUCAUUGCCAGGGCCAGAGCCAAAGGCACCCAGGGAAACUGGGCCUCAGCUAGCUCGGCCUUCACACCUACCCCUGCCCAUGGGCCCAUGCUAUAACCUCCAGCCACAGGCCUCCCAGAGCAUGCGGGCCAGGCCUGGAGAUGUGCUGCUGCCUGUCGAUGGGCCCAGUUGCUCUUCCAGUUCUGGAGGCUUCAGCUCCAGCCCUCUGCCCCAGGCCAAGCCUGUCGGCAUCACCCAUGGCAUUCCUCAGCUGCCCAGGGUCCGGCCUGUGCCCCCCCAGCCUAUGCCCACUCACUAUGGGCCUUCCAGCCUUGACCUGUCAAAGGAGAGGGCCAAGCAAGGUGCCUCUCUCCCCACCAGCUACUCCUCCACUGCUGUGAAUGGAAACCUAGCCAAGUAG